AAACAACCUUUUGUCGUUUGCUUACCCCGUUACUGGGUUCACUGUUGAGAGUAACUUUGAAUCAAAAACAUCGUUAUUAAAUUAUGGAGAAUUUAAGCGCCGUUCUUUAUGGAAAGGAAGACAUACGCAUUGUUGAUCGACCUCUAGAAAAGUUGGGAAUAGAUGAUGUGCGACUGUCGAUGAAGACGGUGGGAUUAUGCGGGUCGGACACCUACAUGUACAAGAAUGCGAGUCACGGUAGCCAUCCCAUCACUGAGCCCACUCCCGUCGGUCACGAGGCUUCAGGGGUCGUUGCUGAGGUGGGGUCGGGGGUUACCGGCCUGAAAGUUGGGGACCGCGUGGCACUGGAGCCAGGGGCAGCGUGCCACAAGUGCAAGAGCUGCCUCCGGGGCCAACCCAGCGUGUGCCUGGUGGAACAGACUUACCUUGGGCGUGGACUUGAGGUUGGCUACAUCCGGCGUGAACAUGUUAUGAAGGCAGAUUACUGCCAUAGACUGCCCGCAGAAAUAUCCGACGAGGAGGGCGCAUUUAUGGAGCCUCUAGCUGUUGCAGUUCAUGACUGUAGGCGAGGAGAAGUCGGCGCGGGCAAGUCAGUCCUCAUUUUGGGAGCCGGGACGAUCGGCCUGCUCUGCAUGAUGACAGCUAAAGCGAUGGGUGCCACCAAUGUGCUCAUUGUCGAUAUCAUAGAAAGUCGGCUCAAACUAGCAAAAGAACUCGGUGCCACUCACACGUUGCUCACGACAUCACGUGACCUUGAAUCAAUUGCAAAGCAAAUUCAUGACGUCAUGGGCGAGAUGCCGGAUGUUACUUUGGAAUGUUCGGCAAAUAAUUUCUGCCUCAGGAUCGCAGUUGCAGCUACAGUGCCGUCCGGCUGUGUGGUCCUGGUGGGGUAUGGAGAACACGAAUGUACAUUCCCUAUUGCUGAGGUGGUUGAGAAACAGAUCGACCUUCGACCGUGUUUUAGAUACGACCGGUUUUGCUAUCCAAUCGCCAUCGACCUGAUUAAAUAUGGCCGUCUCAACGUAAAGCCACUGAUUACACACCGAUUCCCGCUGAAAAGCACGAGUGCUGCCAUGGAGAAAUCUGCGUCACGUGAACCGGGUGUGCUCAAGGUCCUCGUGAUGUGUCAGGAAUAACAAGUUUUACAUCAAAAGUGUUCAGAAUAUAGCCUGUGGCUUCUCCUCAUGGCAAAGUGUAUUAAUGUACAACAAUAUUUUAUAUCACAUUAACCAGUAUUUAUAUAAACAGUAUAAAAUAAUUGUUUUAUAAUCCCGUAUGCUAGCUAUUUCCGAUGAUAUGUAAGACAUAUAUGAUUUGCAAUAAAUGGUCUUAACACUUUUA